CUGAUAUUGCUCGGAAAUGAAAGCGAAAGAACAAAGUUGAGGUCGACGACAGGAGAUUACUUUCAUUAUGUCGUCAGAUGAGGAUUUUUCUCUGGUGACUGAACCAAAUGGAGAAUCUUUGUCCCAAAUCCAGGAUUCAAUCAGCAAGUUUAAGAAGAAGUACGAUCAGCUGACGGAGGAGCAGAAGGAGCUGAGCGACUGCAGAGACGAGCGGCGGCAGCUCGCCGAGCAGUUCAAGCAGCGGCGCGACAAGCUGCUGCUGGCCAUGGAGGAGGACGAGGAGGCGCACAGCAGGGAGCUCAACGACCAGCUGGCGAAGCUGGACGCUCUGAAGCAGGACGAGAUGGAGCUGAUGAAGGAGAUCCAGAAGGCGGAGGCGGCGCUGAAGAAGGAGGAGGAUCGAAACGAGCAGCUCAAGCAGCAGACCAACGUGUUUGCCGCUGUGCCCGAGAGGAAGCUGGUCUUCAAGGGGAAGACGGGCAGCGCCAGCAACAUGGAGGCGUUUGAGAUGAGGUCGCAGGUGGUGUACCCGAUGGAGGGCGGCACGGCGCUCGUCACCUUCGAGGAGGAGGCCGUAGCGAAGAAGAUUUUGGCCCUGAAGCACCACAACGUGGACCUGGGGGACGACUGCAGGAUCAUGCUGGAGGCUCGUCCCGUGGUUCUGAUGCUGCCCCGGCUGGUGGAGAUCGACACCGACGUCUGUCCUCGCCGGAUCCUCAUCUCCGACCUGCCUACCAUGGACACAGAGACCCUGCUCAACAAGCUGGAGAUCCACUUCUCCAAGUCCAGGAACAAAGGCGGGGAGGUGGAGGAAUGCGAGAUGCUGCCGGACUCCGGGACCGUGGUUGUCACGUUCGUGGAAGAAGACGUUGCUAAAAAUUUGACAGAAACAGAGUACCACGACGUCACGCUGCUGCAGAAGAGGCACAAAGUGAGAGUCACGCCUUUCCUCAACGGAACUAUCACCAGCUUGAAGACCAAGAUGGCACCGUGUCCUCGCACCGUGCUGCUGACGGGAAUUCCCGCCAUCAUGGAGCGGGAGAACCUGCAAGACCUGCUGGAGAUCCACUUCCAGAAAAACGGCAACGGCGGCGGCGAGAUCGAAGCGUUCCUGUACAACCCUCAGGGCCACAGCAGCUACGCACUGUUCUCCUCCGGCGGCGAGCAGGAGCAGUAGAUCCUCCCAACGCCGCCGAGUCCAGCCCACACCUGCUCGGUCCAUCAGGGCAGAAAGACGGGCUGACUUCAUUGACGAUGGUGGCAUUUUCUUCACAUCACAUAGUUUUUCCAGUGAAGGAAAUCUUCGAUUCUUCAUUCACAAAAUAGUACCUCUUCCAUAUUAUUUACGAAAUAUUUUAAGCCUUUUUGUGUUUUAUUCCCGCUAGUUUCAACUCACCGUCUCAAAACGUGAUGAAAUCAGAUGUUUUUACCAAAUAUUUUAAUGAUAAUCACAAUCAUAGCUCUAAAAAAAUGCUUGAAACUUUUUUUUUCAAAGAUUUGAGUCUAAAAUACUACCUCAGAAAUCAGUCUUAUUCAAAAUGCAUGGGAUUGUUUCAAAGCAGAGGGGGCGGAGUCCAGAUUUGAUUGACGUCUUGUGCAGCCUGUCACACUGUGAUCAACGCUGGAGGAGAAAAACCUGCUGAAUGUACUUUGUAGUUAUGAAGUAAUUUGAAAAUAUUUAGUAACGUGUAACAGUAACGAAAGUUACUUUGUGCGGGAGUUAAAAGCAGUUUUCUUAAUUGCCAAAAUAAAUCUGGCAAGAACGAGGUGGGCCUUUCAAAAUAAUUCAAGCAUUUUGAUUGGUUGCACAAUUAAAUAGGCCACACCCACAAUGCAGGACAAGUCAUUAGAUCAUUGACACAAGUAGAAAAAAAUGACUUAAUUUGACCUGAAAGCACUCAGAGAAACAUUUAGUCGCGAGUCACGAAGGCAGAGAUGAAUUAUUUAUUGGAAAGAAAGAAUUUUUUUUUUUUUUUCCUGGGGUCUUUAAUAUCCGGAUCAUGUAACUUUGACUUAAGAAAUCUUUCCUUCUGUAAUACCUGCAUUAAGUAAUUUAAAAAUAAAAGUAUUCCUUCAA